CCAAAACCAAAACUAAGCACCUGCUUCUCCUUCUUCUUCUUCUUCUUCUUCAAGCCUGUGACCACGAAACGACAAUAUUUAUAUUAUUUAUUUCAAUUUGCAGUUUCUUAUAUGCACCUUCCCUCUCUCGCCUUGUUCGUUUCGAAUCUCUCCGUUCUUUUAUUAUCUUCCACAAAUACUUAAUGUUCACGGUCUAACGGUUUAACAGAAACGACAUUAGGGUUUCGUUAUGAAAUGGUGGGUGUGGUAAUGGCCUCGAACCGGACAACAAGGCACGCCAAUCUUCUCGACUCGGCCAAAUUGGCCACCGACAUACCGUCGAAGCUCGAUUACUUGCGCCAAUUGAAGCAGGAUUUGGUCCAUGAAGACCCUGCUUUGCUCUCCGAGUUCCUCCCUCGUCUAUUCGAGCUUCAGUCUGAUAGUUUCAGUCCAGUUCGCAAGUUUGCCGCCGAAAUGAUUGGCGAAAUUGGAUUAAAGCACACGGAAUUGUUACCUGAAAUCGUACCUGUAUGUAUAAAUUUUUUGAAUGAUAGUACACCAGCCGUUGCUCGACAAGCCAUCACUUGUGCUAUUGAUUUAUUUCGCUGCACCCUUGAAAAGAUUGCUGUUCAGGGUCUAUAUUCUAGUGAACUGGAUGGUUCGCUUCAGUCAUCAUGGGCAUGGAUGAUAAAGCUCAAGGAGAAAAUAUACUCAAUAGCUUUUCAGUUGGGAAGUGGCGGGACAAGGUUGUUGGCACUGAAGUUUGUAGAAGCAAUUAUUCUUCUUUACACUCCUGAUCCUAAUGGUUCUUCAGAGCCCCCAUCCGUUGAAGGGAGCCAGGUUGAAUUCAAUAUAUCUUGGCUUCGUGGCGGUCAUCCUGCACUAAAUGUUGGAGAUUUGUCAAUAGAGGCCAGUCAAAGUUUGGGUUUAUUGCUUGAUCAGCUUAGGUUCCCGACUGUGAACUCUCUCAAUAACUCAAUGCUUGCUGUGCUUAUUAACAGUCUUUCAGCAAUUGCAAAGAAAAGGCCUGCAUUCUAUGGACGCAUUCUGCCAGUUUUACUUGGUCUGAACCCCUCGAGCUCGGCCAAUAAUGGGGUGAAUGUUCCUGGGGCACAUCAUGCUCUAAGAAAUGCCUUCCUCAUCUGUUUAAAAUGCACACACCCUGGUGCUGCACCGUGGCGGGAUCGAUUAGUUGGGGCCCUGAGAGAGAUGAAAGCUGGAAGCUUGGCAGAACAAGCCCUUCAUCAGGUUUGCAAUAUUAAUGGAGGUCCAGAGGAUGGGCAAGAUGAUGCUUCAGUUGUUAAGGAAAAAAAACCCACUGUUGAAGCAUAUGAUUCUGCCCAUAGUAGCUUUGUUAGGAAAAGAUCUGGAGCACAAGACAGUAGUGAUUUAGCCAAGGAUGAAGAUGCAUCUGGAAAACGUGUCAGAUCAAUGUCUAGUGUCUCGGAGGAAUCAGCUAAAGAGUCUGAUUGGAAUAUCACUGGGACUCAGGAUGAUGUUUCUUCAACUGGAGCAACCACUUCUAAAGUAGAGGGUGAUACUGGUCCUGUGCAGCAACUUGUUGCUAUGUUUGGUGCAUUGGUUGCUCAAGGUGAAAAGGCUGUUGGUUCUUUAGAAAUUCUCAUUUCAAGCAUCUCUGCUGACUUACUAGCUGAGGUAGUGAUGGCAAAUAUGCGUAAUCUUCCUCCCAAUCACACUAAAGCUGAAGGAGAUGAUGAACCACUGGUGAAUAUGAGUAUAAUUGGUGGUGAUUCUCGAGUUAAAUAUCCACCAUCAUUUAUUGCUAAUGUUCUCUCACUUUCUAGUACUUUCCCUCCUAUAGCUUCGCUGCUAAAUGCUUAUCCAUCACUCUCAAAUGAUAUAGUGACACCUGAAGUGGAGGAAGAACAUGCAGUAGCUGUAGAUGAUAGUGUGCUUGUAAGUGCUGGCAUGAAGGAUGGAGUAGAAACUGUAGUGUUGUCGACUGGUCUAUCAGCUUCUUCUGAAAUGGAGAAAGGCUUCCCAGCUGUUCCAUCUGAAAUCCAUGAUAUGGAGAACCUAGAGAGUGGAAUACCUGGAUUAGAUUCUUCUGUUCGUAAUGAUGGAUUGUCUGAACACCCAGCUGCUUCUUCAAUGGCCUCCACAGAUUUAGAAGAUGCCAGUCAAGAGCAAGCUACGAGUGUCAGUCAAAGAUCACCAUUAAAUUUACUUCAAUCAAUGUCAACAGAUCGGUCUGAGGAGCUAAGUCCAAAAGCAACUGUUGCAGAUGUCAACAGCCUGGUCUCCUCAACAGCAACUUCGGUUGGGGUAUCCAGUCAUAUUAUCUUACCAAAGAUGUCUGCACCUGUUGUCAACCUUGCUGAUGAAGAGAAGGAUAAGUUGCAAAAAUUGGCUUUUAUCCGGAUACUUGAGGCAUAUAAGCAAAUAGCAGUAGCUGGAGGUUCACAAGUCGAGUUUUCUCUGCUUGCCUUCUUAGGAGUUCAGUUUCCGUUGGAGUUAGAUCCAUGGAAAGCAAUACAGAAGCAUAUCUUGGCAGAUUAUAUGAAUCAUGAGGGACACGAGUUGACAUUGCGUGUCCUGUACAGGUUAUUUGGUGAGGCAGAAGAGCGUGACUUCUUUUCUUCAACAACUGCUACUUCUGAAUAUGAGAUGUUUCUCCUUGCUGUGGUAGAAACACUUAGAGAUUCAUUCCCACCCUCAGACAAAUCAUUAAGUAGAUUACUUGGUGAUGUUCCAUAUUUGCCGAACUCAGUUUUGAAAUUAUUGGAAAGCAUGUGUUCACCUGGAAAUGGUGACAAAGUGGAAAAAGAGAUGCAAAGUGGGGACCGAGUGACACAAGGUCUCAGCACUGUAUGGAGUCUGAUAUUGCUGAGGCCUCCUUUUCGAGAUGCGUGCUUGAAAAUUGCUUUACAGAGUGCAGUUCACCCUGUGGAGGAAGUGCGAAUGAAGGCUAUACGACUGGUUGCAAACAAGCUUUAUCCUAUGUCAUCCAUUGCCCAAAGAAUAGAAGAUUUUUCAAAGGAAACGUUACUUUCUGUAAUAACUGCUGAUGCAACCGAAGCAACAGAUGCUGAAGGACCAAUUACUGAAUUGCAGAAGGAUUCUGAUUCAGAAAAGCAUUUAAAUGAACCUCGAUCAACAAGUGCCAACAGUAAAGAUGUCUCUUCUGAUACUCAUCAAUCAUGCACUUCUCAAAGUGUGUCAUCCUUUUCGAUGGCUGAGGCCCAACGUUGCAUGUCACUAUAUUUUGCUCUGUGUACAAAGAAGCAUCUCCUUUUCCGUGAAAUAUUUGUUAUUUAUAGACGCGCUUCAAAGGCUGUUAAGCAGGCAGUUCAUCGCCAUAUUCCAAUACUAGUUCGUACUAUGGGUUCAUCAUCAUACCUUCUUGAAAUUAUUUCAGAUCCUCCAGUAGGAAGCGAGAACCUCCUAAUGCAGGUUUUGCAUACACUGACAGAUGGGACAAUCCCCUCUCCAGAACUAAUUUUUACCCUUAGGAAGUUGCAUGAUUCAAAAGUCAAGGAUGUAGAGAUACUUAUUCCAAUUUUACCAUUUCUACCAAAAGAUGAGGUUUUGCUGGUUUUCCCCCAACUUUUGAACCUUCCACCAGAUAAAUUCCAAGCAGCUAUUACUCGGACACUGCAGGGAUCACCCCAUUCUGGUCCUGUGCUAGCUCCGGCCGAAGUCUUAAUAGCUAUCCAUGGGAUUGAUCCUGACAGAGAUGGAAUUCCAUUGAAGAAGGUAACAGACGCUUGCAAUUUUUGCUUUGAUCAGCGGCAGAUAUUCACCCAACAAGUUCUUGCUAAAGUUUUGAAUCAGUUGGUUGAGCAGAUUCCUCUUCCUAUACUGUUUAUGCGUACGGUGUUACAAGCAAUAGGUGCUUUUCCAGCACUGGUGGAUUUCAUAAUGGAGAUUCUCUCUCGACUUGUAGGCAAACAGAUAUGGAAAUACCCGAAACUCUGGGUGGGAUUCUUGAAGUGUGCAUUCUUGACAAAGCCUCAGUCAUUCAGCAUAUUGCUUCAGUUACCUCCAGCACAGCUACAAAAUGCAUUAAAUAGAACUGCAGCUCUGAGAGCACCCCUGGUUGCACAUGUCAGUCAACCGGAAAUCCGAUCUUCACUUCCAAGGUCUAUUCUGGCAGUCUUGGGCAUUGCUUCUGAUUCCCAGACGUCAAGUCAGGCACAGACCAGUCAGGCUCGGGCAGGAGAUGCAAGCAACUCAGAUAAGGAGGCGGUCAUAGAGAAAUCAAAAGAAUCUAGCACUUCCUGACAUGCCAAUUCAGAUUGAAGAGCCUGAAAGAUCCAAAUUAGGAUUGAUUAGUCUACCAAAUGCCCCAUAUGUGGACUAACUGAUGCAAUCUUUUCGCUAAACGAUGAGACAAGAUGUUCAUGUUGCAAAUUUCUUUGGCAAUGGAGGCAAGGUGAUUAUGUUAUAUAAUACCCUGUAAGUUGACACAAUGAGACCACUUCCGUGCAAUAAAAGUUGCUGCUCUUUUACAUCCUAAUCAACAAUCAGGCAGUUGCUCAAGUAGGAACAUUGUAAUUUUCUGUAAGAUUAUCAAAAUUUUGAAGGUGUAACAAGGCUGAUUUUGUACGAUGAUUUUCAUAAUCAUCAUCUCACUCUGAAAGUAAUGUAAAUUUAUUUUCGCUUUA